AUGCAGAAUUUAACAGAGCAGCCGGAGUCAUCAAUAUCACCAAUAUCACCUACCCACAGGAGAGGGCCUAGUGUGUCAACGCCGCCUUCAACCGCGAUAGAUGACGGCUCAUACUUAUCGCCAACUACUCCUGAUCGGAAACAUGCAUUUGAUGGAUCCACCCUCAAUUCCAGAUCUGGUUCUCUACAGUCCAACGAUCCAGCAAAUCGACUCCGGUCAAAUUCAGGGCUUUCGGCCGCUUCUAGUGUCACCGUCCAUUCGAAAAGCAGUCUAGACUACGAGUCGACAGAAGAUGCCUUGCAUCCCGACAAAGGUAACGAAAAGGAUUUCCAGGUCGACAACAAUCCUUUCGCCUUUUCCCCGGGAAUGCUGAACAAGCUUUUAAAUCCGAAAUCUCUAUCAGCUUUCAAAGCAAUGGGCGGUCUUCGGGGCCUCGAGAAGGGCCUACGAACAAGUCUAACCGCUGGUUUGUCGCAAGAUGAGGCUCGCCUUGAUGGCCAAGUGACUUUCGACGACGCGACAAGCGCUGCGUCCGAAAAAGAUGCUUUUUCAAAUGUUCCUCUUGCUCGACAUGCCUCGAAUGCAUCCGUGCGCGAGGUCAAAGACCAAUUCGAAGAUCGACUUCGCGUUUUCCGAGAUAAUCGAUUGCCAGAGCGAAAGCCUGAUGGGAUCUUGGUUCUCAUCUGGAGAGCCUACAACGAUAAAAUCCUCAUUCUCUUGACCAUCGCAGCCGUCAUAUCUUUGGCUCUGGGCAUCUAUGAAAGCGUUUCCGGUGAAUCUGGUGUCGACUGGGUCGAAGGCGUUGCCAUUUGUGUCGCUAUUAUCAUCGUUGUUACUGUUGGAGCAGCAAACGACUGGCAGAAAGAGCGACAAUUCGUCAAGCUCAACAAGCGUAAAGAUGAUCGCGAGGUCAAGGUCAUUCGAUCCGGUAAAUCCAUCAUGAUCUCAGUCCAUGACAUCACAGUCGGCGAUGUUCUCCAUCUCGAACCUGGUGAUGCCAUUCCAGCUGACGGCAUCUUUAUCACUGGUCACGGGGUGAAAUGUGACGAAUCAUCCGCUACCGGUGAAUCUGACCAGAUGAAGAAGGCUCCCGGAGACGAAGUCUGGCAGCGAAUCCAGGAUGGCACAGCGACCGCUAAGCUAGAUCCAUUCAUCAUCAGCGGUUCCAAGGUCCUCGAAGGUGUCGGCACGUAUCUAGUCACCAGCGUUGGCGUCAACAGCUCUUACGGCAAGAUUUUGAUGAGUCUCCAGACAGACAACGACCCUACACCGCUACAAGUCAAACUUGGAAAGCUCGCAAACUGGAUCGGUGGACUGGGCUCAGGAGCUGCCAUUCUCCUCUUCUUCGUUCUCUUGUUCAAAUUCGUCGGCCAUCUAUCCAACGAUCCACGUCCUGGUCCUGAGAAAGCCCAGGAGUUCUUGGAUAUCCUGAUUGUUGCCAUCACCGUCAUCGUCGUCGCGGUGCCUGAGGGUCUACCUUUGGCUGUCACGUUGGCUCUCGCCUUUGCCACAACUCGAAUGCUCAAAGAGAACAACCUAGUGCGCGAGCUUCGCGCGUGCGAGACCAUGGGUAACGCUACCACAAUUUGCUCUGAUAAGACCGGAACUCUUACGCAAAAUAAGAUGACCGUGGUCGCUGGGACGAUUGGUUCGAAUGAGAAAUUUGCCUCUACACAUUCAGAUGGAGAUUCAAAGGUUAUGCCACCUGCGACGAUGUUCCAGAAGCUUAGCGCUGAAGUGAAAGAACUAUUCCGACUCUCCUUCACACUGAACAGCACUGCGUUUGCCGGCGAGGAGAAUGGGGUGCCAACAUUUAUUGGCUCUAAGACUGAAGUUGCACUGCUCACACUCGCGAAGGAGCACCUCGGCCUAGAUAACCUGGCCGCGGAACGCUCUAGCUAUAAGGUCAAGCAGCUCAUUCCAUUCGAUUCUGGCCGAAAAUGUAUGGGGAUUGUGAUCAAACGGCGUGGCGGUUACCGCCUUUUGGUCAAAGGUGCAGCAGAGAUCAUGUUGGCCAAUGCCACCAAGACAAUCUCCAACAUCUAUGAAAAGCAAUUCCAUCUGGAUGACCUUACUGCCGAGGACAAGGAGAAUGCUGCAGCGAUCAUUGAGGAGUACGCGAAGCACUCGCUGCGCACCAUCGGUAUUCUCUACAAAGACUUCCCGCAGUGGCCACCCGCAGGCGCGAAGACUUUGGAGGAAGACCCCAAGAUGGCAGAGUUCGCCGACAUUUUCCACGAAAUGACAUGGGUUGGCGUUGUUGGUAUCCACGAUCCUCUUCGAGAUGGUGUCAUUGAAGCAGUUCAACAAUGUCAGCAUUCCGGUGUGGUGGUCCGCAUGGUCACCGGUGACAACGUUACCACUGCUCGCGCCAUCGCCACCGACUGCGGCAUCCUCCGGAAAGACGAAGAAGGCAUUGUCAUGGAAGGGCCUAAAUUCCGCCAAUUAUCUAACGAGGAGAUGGACAGCAUCCUGCCCAAGUUGCGUGUCUUGGCUCGGUCGUCGCCAGAAGAUAAGCGAAUCUUGGUCGGCCGCCUCAAGCACCUCGGUGAAACUGUCGCUGUCACUGGCGACGGAACUAACGAUGGCCCUGCACUGAAGAUGGCAGAUGUCGGAUUCAGUAUGGGCAUCGCAGGUACAGAAGUUGCAAAGGAGGCCUCAUCAAUCAUCCUUCUCGAUGACAACUUCUCCUCGACCAUUACUGCUCUCAUGUGGGGACGAGCCGUCAACGACGCAGUCAAGAAAUUCUUGCAAUUCCAGAUCACCGUCAACAUCACUGCUGUGGUCUUGACGUUCGUCUCUGCCGUUUCCAACGACUCGAACCACUCGGUCCUCACCGCCGUGCAGCUCCUUUGGGUCAAUCUCAUCAUGGAUACCCUUGCUGCGUUGGCGCUCGCCACCGACGCCCCGACAAAGAAGAUCCUCGACCGUCCACCACAGCCCAAGUCGGAAGCGCUCAUCACAAUCAACAUGUGGAAGAUGAUCAUCGGCCAAGCCAUUUACCAAUUGGUGGUCACCUUCACGCUCUACUUUGCAGGCAUGCGUAUCCUCAACUAUGAGCCCACCCAGCAGACGGAACUCAACACGAUCGUCUUCAACACGUUCGUCUGGAUGCAAAUCUUCAAUGAAUUCAACAACCGCCGCUUGGACAACAAGUUCAACAUCUUUGAAGGCAUCCACAAGAAUUUCUGGUUCCAGGGCAUCAACUGCAUCAUGGUUGGCGGACAGAUCAUGAUCAUCUUCAUCGGUGGCCGCGCUUUCAGCAUUACCCGCCUCAACGGACCUCAGUGGGCGAUUUCUCUCUUGUGUGCCGUGCCCUGUCUCCUGUGGGCUGUGUUGGUGCGGCUGUUCCCCGAUGCUUGGUUCGCUGUUUUCUUUAACGCCGCUGUUGCAGCAUUGACAUUUGUUCUCCGUCCCGUCUGGAAGGUCCUCCAUAUCGUCUUCCAUCCUAUCGCACAGAUGUUCCGCGCGAUUUCUCGAGUCACGAAGCGCGCUUUUGGCAAGAAGAAGACCGAGGAAGAACCAGAGCCGGUCGACGAAGAACGCCCCUCGACUACUACUAGCUAUCCUGGAUCUCGACCCAAGACCAUGGAAGACGAGACUGGUUCGCAGUCUACACCGGCUCUCACAUCCACAGGCUCGAACGAUGGUAGUCCCGAGAAGGAGCGAACACCCCUCAACGAAAUGCCACUGCCGUCCGUGUCUAUCACGGCACCGAAGUGA